CUAGUUUUCUCAUCGUUCACUACCAAAUAUUACAUUUGAACAGAUAUUGAACAAUGGAUUCGAAAAAGGCAAUCCUCAUCCUAGGCCUCUUGGCUAUGGUUCUUCUUAUUUCCUCAGAAGUGUCCGCUAGGGACUUAACUGAAACUUCCUCUGAUGCCAAAAAGGAGGUUGUUGAAAAGACUAAUGAAGUAAACGAUGCCAAAUAUGGUGGUGGCGGUAAUUACCACAAUGGCGGUGGCCAUUACUAUGGAGGUGGUUCUCACCACGGUGGAGGUGGUUCUCACCACGGUGGAGGUGGUUGUCAUUACUAUUGCCAUGGCCAUUGCUGCUCAUAUGCUGAAUUUGUUGCCGUCCAAACUGAGGAAAAGACUAAUGAAGUAAAUGAUGCCAAAUAUGGUGGUGGUGGUUAUCACAAUGGUGGUGGUAAUUACCACAAUGGUGGUGGACAUUACUAUGGAGGUGGUUCUCACGGUGGAGGUGGUUCUCACCAUGGUGGAGGUGGUUGCCAUUACUAUUGCCAUGGCCAUUGCUGCUCACAUGCUGAAUUUGUUGCCGUGCAAGCUGAGGACAAAACUCAGAAUUGAUCAUAAUGCUAUGAUCAUGUUAUGAUGCACUCUUUCUUAAUAAUAAAUUUCAUGAAUAAAUAAUGUUUGUGAGUUGAUAAAAAAUGGCAUGCAUAGAUAGACAUCAAUCUCAGUUGCUGUCAUCUAUCUUGUCACUAUAUAGUAAAGAUAUUCCAGGAGUGAAAAUCAUGUAUAAAUUUGCAUCAAUCUAUGUAUCUGUGAUGGGGAUGAGCUUUUGCAAGAAGUGGUGAAUGUGUAUUAUAUCAUUGUUGUUAUUA